CAGUGCUCGGCGACCAGAUAUGGCGAGCAUCGUGCGUUGUCCGGAAGCUUCAACGCCUUUCCCCAUCCUUCCACCGUCGCCGGGGCAUGUACUCCCCUCCGCUCUAUAAAAGGGGCGCCGCACCGCUCGCCUCCUCCCACCAGGCACACACUGAAAUUCAAUUCGACGUGGCACAUCGGCUUCCGAAUACCAACGAUCUCCUAGAGACCAUCUCAGUCUCUCUGCUUUCACAUCUCGAUCGGCUUCCCAUAGCUCUAUCUGGUGCAAUGGCUGCAGCGACCGCCCCCUUCGCUCUCGUCAGCCGCCUCUCCCCGGCCGCGCGCCUGCCCAUCCGUGCCUGGAGGGCCGCGAGGCCAGCGCCGCUCUGGACCGGGAGAACCCGCCCGCUCUCCGUGGCCUCGGCGGCGCAGGAGAACACGGACAGCUCCGUCGACGUCCAAGUCAGCCAGGACCGGAACGCCGGCAACCAGCAGGGCAAUGCGGUCCAGCGCCGCCCUCGUCGCGCUGCUGGAUUUGACAUCUCCCCGUUCGGGCUGGUGGACCCGAUGUCGCCGAUGAGAACGAUGAAGCAGAUGCUGGACACGAUGGACCGGCUGUUCGACGACGCCGUGGGGUUCCCGACGGCGCGGCGCUCGCCGGCGGCGGCGGCGGGCGAGAUGCCGCGGAUGCCUUGGGACAUCAUGGAGGACGACAAGGAGGUGAAGAUGCGGUUCGACAUGCCUGGGCUGUCGCGGGAGGAGGUGAAGGUGAUGGUGGAGGACGACGCGCUCGUCAUCCGCGGCGAGCACAAGAAGGAGGCCGGGGAAGGCCAGGGCGAGGCAGCCGGAGGCGGCGACGGGUGGUGGAAGGAGCGCAGCGUGAGCUCCUACGACAUGCGCCUUGCUCUGCCGGACGAGUGCGACAAGAGCCAGGUGCGCGCCGAGCUCAAGAACGGCGUGCUGCUCGUGUCCGUGCCCAAGAGGGAGACCGAGCGCAAGGUCAUCGACGUGCAGGUCCAGUGACGAGGUCGCGUGAGGACUGAACCCUGCAUCUGAGGCUUGAAGAUUUCAGCUGUCCUAGGUGUGACGGUGCUAGUGAUUGUUCUUUGUGGAUGUAGUGUGCCGUUCUUCCUCGAUCCUCUCGUUGCGCAGAAAUAUGCAGUGCUGUAUGUAAAUACACUUGGCAGAUCAAUGGAAUAAGUUUUCGGCUGCUUGAUCAGCUGGAUACAUUUCGAUUAA